AUGUCGUCAUCCUAUUCCCUUGAUAAGAUUAACCCGAAACUAUUACGUCGUAUUUACCGAGCUUGCAGACCAUCAAACGACGAACCCAAUUUAGCACUCAAUUUGGAGAUUUGUGAUUAUGUCAAUGCUAAAAAGGGGUCAGCACCUAGAGAUGCAGCCAUUGCUGUCGUCAAGUUGAUCAGCCAACGGGAUCCACAAACUUCGGAAUUGGCCUUGGCGUUGUUGGAUAAUUUGGUCAAAAAUUGUGGAUACCCUUUCCACUUGCAAAUUUCGAGAAAGGAGUUUUUGAAUGAGUUGGUAAAAAGGUUCCCCGAGAGACCCACAUUGAGAUACUCUCGUGUUCAACGGUUGAUAUUGGCUCAAAUCGAGGAAUGGUACCAAACAAUUUGUCGUACCUCCAAAUACAAGGAAGACUUCACUUAUAUUAGGGAUAUGCACAGGUUGUUGGCCAAUAAGGGAUACGUAUUUCCUGAGGUCAAGGUGGAAGAUAUUGCUGUGUUGAACCCAGGUGAUAAUUUGAAAUCCUUGGAGGAUAUUCAAAAGGAAGAAGCAGAGGUGCAUUCAGCAAAAUUACAAGAAUUGAUUAGACGAGGAAGACCACAAGACUUGCAAGAAGCCAAUAAGUUGAUGAAAAUUAUGGCUGGUUUCAAAGACGAUAAUGUGAAGGAGAAUAAGAAACAAUUGAAGGAUGAUAUAGUUAGAUUGGGUAGAAAAGUUGAAAUUUUGGGUGAAAUGUUGCAUUCGAUUGAAAGUUCAGGCGGGAAAAUUGGAGAUGAUUCUGAUGAAGCAUUGCUUGAGCUUUAUAGCUCAGUGAAAAGCUCACAACCUAUAAUUAGUAAAAUAAUAGACCAAGAAGGCGAGGAAGGCGAUGAAGAGGUCAAUAACCUCUUGACAUUGAAUGAUAAUGUCAACAAAGUGAUACAAAAGUACCAAUUGUUAAAGGGUGGUAAAGUAGAGGAAGCUAGUAAACUCAACAUCUCAGGAGGGGGAGGAGCAGGUGUCGCUGCUGCUGAUUUGAACUUGAUUGAUUUCGAUGAUGAACCUGAAGACGUGAAUGCAAGUAAGGAGCAAGGGUACAAUGAUUUGUUGAGUGAUUUAUCCAACUUGACUUUUGGCGACAACACAGCUGGUGCUGCAUCCACCAAUGGCAACAAAGUUAACCCGUUGAAUUUGUAUGGCGCUGGGGGCUCGAUAUCGUUGGGAGGAAACACCACCCAAUUGCAUCAGCCAACACCAACAACACAAUCGAGCUCCUCAAACUUUGAUUUGUUGGGUGAUUUGAAUUCCCCAUCACCACAAUUGCAAUCAAACACCAAUAUUAACAAACCAGCUCAAGGUUUGGACCCGUUUGGAUUUGAUUUCCCCAGUACCACUCCAUCAAACUUGCAAAAGCAAUCAAACUAUAUCAACACAAUUAAUGUUAACCAAUCUAGUGGUUCAUCAAGUAGCCUUAAAAUAGUUGUUGGAGUACAAGAAGCAUCUUCUUCUUCGUUUAAAGGAACGGCCUUGAUCUCGAAUGUCCAAUCGCAAACAAUCAGCCAAGUCAAAUUCAUGCUAGCUGUUCCGAAAUCAUGCAGGCUCGAUUUGAAACCACAAUCUGCUGAUUUCAUCAAUGGAUUCGCCAAUGAAGGUAUUUCACAGGAAUUUGUAGUUGAAAAUCCUCAAGAGAAGCAAUUGAAAAUCAAAUGGAAAGUUGAAUACAAAGUUGGUAACGAACUGAAGGAAGAUACCGGUGUAACCAUCUUGAAGUAG